CCUCCCGGUUAUUUCAUCUUCCUUACAAGGCCAAAGCUAGCAGCUUUCCUCUGCGCCUGGGUGCCUCAAAAGCAGCAGAGCAAGCCCGGAGAAUCCCGGUGGAGUGCAGUGGGAUGCGAGGCUGACAGGGACGGCGAAGAAAGCACUGGUGUGAGCCCUGCAGAGCGUCAGACGGAGAAGUCUGGGGCUCUGGCUCUGCAGAGGACGAGUGUGACAGUAUCCUGUGAAUGCUAAACCAGGUAUUCAUUGAUGUAGAUCUUCCAGAGAAGCAUGAAAGCAAACCCAAAAAGAAAUCACUGAGGGGGGAUGAGUGCAACGUGAGAGGUGAAAUGAGAUCAAGAGACCAGAGGAUCACUACACGGCUCCUGCAGAUUCUCAUGUAAGGCACCAGUUCAGCCUUCCAGCAAGUGUAUGUGGAGGUGCAGGCUGAGCAGCCAAAGAUGGAAGUGCUACGCCGUUCCUCAGUCUUUGCUGCAGAGGUGAUGGAGGUUUUUGACAGGUCUCCCACUGACAAGGAGCUCGUGUCCCAGGCCAAGGCUCUCUGCAGAGACUACAUCAAUUCCAGGCUAAUUCGAGCAGGUGUCAGCUGGAGCAAACCUGAGUACAAUGCACCAGUGCCUGGCGGUAAGCUGGCCGAGGUGUCCACCAUACUGCUGCGACUGGGGGAUGAGCUGGAAUACAUUCGCCCCAACGUCUACCGGAAUAUCGCCCGCCAACUGAACAUCUCCCUGCACUCGGAGACAGUGGUGACAGAUGCCUUCCUGGCAGUGGCAGCACAGAUUUUCACCGCAGGCAUAACAUGGGGCAAGGUGGUGUCUCUCUAUGCUGUGGCAGCUGGGCUGUCAGUGGACUGUGUGCGGCACGCACAGCCAGCCAUGGUUCACACUAUCGUAGACUGCCUGGGGGAGUUUGUCCGCAAGACCUUGGUGACAUGGCUGAAGAGGAGAGGAGGCUGGGCAGACAUCACAAAAUGCGUGGUGAACACUGACCCCAGCCUCCGCUCCCACUGGCUCGUGUCCGCUGUUUGCAGCUUUGGUCACUUCCUCAAGGCUAUCUUCUUCGUCCUGCUGCCUGAGAGAUGAACUCAAGUCAUCAAGUGCAACCCCCCUGCCCCAUCUCCUCCCCCACUCCAGAAGCAGCGGUAGUGCCAGUCUCUGAAGAGGAGGAAGAGAAGACCCGUGUCAGACAGAAGGCUUGUUCUCCUCUCCCUUCAGCUGGGAGCAAGUGAUCAACCACAGUCUCCUUGUUGCACCCACAGGAGAGACUCUCACCAUUAAUCCUUUCAAGAGUCUUGUUUGCCUGGGGACUUGCUUGUGUGGCCUGGACAUUGCCAGUCCCUGGGCAUGCUGAUUGCAGCUGUGUGCAGUGUGGACUGUCUGACAUCGGUGUCUUAUGGCUCUGUUCCAUGCUUAUGCUAGUGCCAGGCAGAGGGGAGGAGGAAGGGGGUAUUAUUUGAA